UUGCUCAUCAUUUUUUGGAAAUUGCGUCUGAAAAUAAAAAGAAACCUGCGUUUAUAUAUCUAUGUAAACAAAAAUGUAUGCAUACGCAAUUUUAAUGUGAAGUCAAGCGAGUCGAAUGAUUACAAUAUAUAUUGAAAUUAGAAGGAGGAAAAAAAAGUGACAGACAAAAAUAAAUAUGUAUCAUAGAGUUACAUUUUUUCUUUUCUUUUAAUUAACAAUGGAUUCAAUUGAAGUUUUGGAGAAACAAUUUACGUUUCCCAAACAAGAUAAUACAAAAGUGAAUGAACAAAAAAUGCAUACCAAAGGAAGAAUCGGAAAAUUAUGUACAGGAAUUAAACAGCGAUAUAAUGAAAUUCUCGAAGAUCGUGAAUUUCAAGAGUACAUUGAAAAAGUAGUUGAAUUUUUCAAAACUAAUCCAUUUCUUGCAUGGGGUUCGUUAGCUGUCUUAUUGGGCGGAAUUGCAUUUCCCAUAAUUACUUUUGUUCUAUUUAUUAUUGCCAGUGUUGCAUUUGUCGUUACAGGUUUCAUAAUACUUGAAGUGACAAUUUUUAUUAUUGGUGCCACGGUAAUGUCAUGUUCGGUCUUUUUUGUCGCAACCACGGUCGGUAUAAUUCUUCUAAGCUUAUUAACAGUUUAUCUUGUAUUUUGUUAUCUUAUUAUGUUAUUGAAAAAACGCAAAACUUAAAAGGAUUUGUCUAAAAAAAAAAAAAAAAAAAAAAAAAAAGAUAAGUAUUAAUAAUCUUGAUGAUAAAAAAAAGAAAGAAUUAGUGACAACACUUGUAUUAAAUUAAAAAAGAGAAUCGCAAUAUAUUAUACAUUAUAUACAUUUAUUUAUAUAUAAAAAUAGAAAAAGAAUUUUUAUUUUAAUAAAAUAAUAUUAUUAAUUAGACAA